AUGACCGAUAACAUCCCCCUGCAGCCAGUCAGGCAGAAGAAGCGGAUGGACAGCAAGCACCGGAGCGGGUGUUGUGAGUGUAUGAGAUGCUGCGGAAGAAGAGACCCAAGGCCUCGUACGGUUUGGCUUGGCCAUCCAGAAAAAAGAGACCAGAGAUACCCUCGCAAUGUGAUCAACAAUCAGAAAUACAACUUUUUUACAUUUCUUCCUGGGGUGCUGUUUAACCAGUUCAAAUACUUUUUUAAUCUUUACUUCUUACUUCUGGCCUGCUCUCAAUUUGUCCCUGAAAUGAGGCUUGGUGCACUUUACACAUAUUGGGUUCCCUUGGGUUUUGUGCUUGCAGUUACCAUCAUUCGCGAGGCAGUGGAGGAGAUCAGAUGUUACACACGCGACAAGGAAGUAAACUCCCAGAUCUACAGCAAGCUCACAGCAAGAGGAACUGUGAAGGUGAAGAGUUCUAGUAUCCAAGUAGGGGACCUUCUCAUCGUUGAAAAGAACCAGCGGGUCCCUGCUGACAUGAUCUUCCUGAGGACGUCAGAAAAGAAUGGAUCUUGCUUCCUCCGGACUGAUCAGCUAGAUGGUGAAACAGACUGGAAGCUGCGACUGCCAGUUGCCUGCACUCAGAGAUUACCCACCGCUUCUGACCUUCUUCAAAUCCGAUCCUAUGUGUAUGCAGAAGAGCCCAAUAUUGACAUACAUAAUUUUGUGGGGACCUUCACCAGAGAAGACAGUGACCCUCCAGUGAAUGAAAGCCUAAGCAUAGAAAACACCCUCUGGGCCAGCACAGUGAUUGCAUCAGGCACAGUUGUGGGAGUUGUUCUUUACACAGGGAGGGAACUGCGCAGUGUCAUGAACACUUCAAAUCCACGAAGUAAGAUUGGCCUAUUUGACUUGGAAGUGAACUGCCUCACCAAAAUCUUGUUCGGAGCCCUUGUAGUGGUCUCGCUUGUCAUGGUGGCCCUCCAGCAUUUCGCAGGCCGCUGGUAUCUUCAGAUCAUACGAUUCCUCCUCCUGUUUUCAAACAUCAUUCCUAUUAGCUUACGUGUGAACCUGGAUAUGGGGAAAAUAGUCUACAGCUGGAUGAUCCGUAGGGAUUCCAAAAUUCCUGGGACAGUGGUUCGAUCCAGCACUAUUCCAGAGCAGCUCGGAAGGAUAUCCUAUUUACUUACAGACAAAACAGGAACUCUCACACAGAAUGAGAUGGUUUUUAAAAGGCUUCACCUUGGGACAGUAGCCUAUGGACUGGACUCCAUGGAUGAAGUGCAGAGCCAUAUAUUUAGUAUAUAUACGCAGCAGUCACAAGACCCACCUGCUUUAAAAGGCCCCACCCUGGCCACCAAAGUACGUAAAACCAUGAGUAGCCGUGUUCAUGAGGCUGUGAAAGCGAUUGCCCUCUGCCACAACGUGACACCAGUGUAUGAAUCUAAUGGCGUGACAGAUCAGGCUGAAGCUGAGAGACAUUAUGAAGACUCCUGCAGGGUGUACCAGGCUUCCAGUCCUGACGAGGUGGCCCUGGUACAGUGGACUGAAAGUGUAGGCUUAACACUGGUUGGCAGAGAUCAAUCCUCCAUGCAGCUGAGGACACCUGGUGGUCAGAUACUAAACUUCACCAUCCUCCAGAUCUUUCCAUUUACUUAUGAAAGUAAACGUAUGGGAAUCAUCGUUAGGGAUGAGUCAACGGGAGAAAUCACUUUCUACAUGAAGGGAGCCGACGUUGUCAUGGCUGGCAUCGUGCAGUACAAUGACUGGCUAGAGGAAGAGUGUGGUAACAUGGCUAGGGAAGGCCUGAGGGUUCUUGUUGUAGCGAAGAAGUCCCUGACUGAGGAGCAGUAUCAAGACUUUGAAGCACGCUAUGUUCAGGCGAAGCUAAGUGUGCACGAUCGCUCACUGAAGGUAGCCACUGUGAUUGAGAGCCUGGAAAUGGAGAUGGAGCUGCUGUGUCUGACUGGAGUGGAGGAUCAGCUGCAGACGGAUGUCAGACCCACUCUGGAGACCCUGAGAAAUGCUGGCAUUAAGGUGUGGAUGCUGACAGGGGAUAAGCUAGAAACAGCUACUUGUACAGCGAAGAAUGCUCAUUUGGUAACCAGAACCCAGGACAUUCAUAUAUUCAGAUUGGUGACUAACCGUGGAGAAGCUCAUUUGGAGCUGAAUGCGUUCCGUCGGAAACAUGACUGUGCGCUUGUGAUUUCUGGUGACUCGCUAGAGGUGUGUCUGAAAUUUUAUGAGUACGAGUUUAUGGAGUUAGCUUGCCAGUGUCCAGCCGUGAUAUGCUGCCGAUGUGCCCCCACACAGAAGGCCCAGAUUGUGCGCUUGCUCCAGGAAAGAACUGGCAAACUGACCUGUGCUGUAGGUGAUGGAGGGAAUGAUGUCAGCAUGAUUCAGGAGGCUGACUGCGGUGUUGGGGUUGAAGGAAAGGAAGGAAAACAAGCAUCCCUUGCAGCAGAUUUCUCUAUCACUCAGUUUAAACAUCUGGGCCGGUUACUGAUGGUGCAUGGAAGGAACAGCUACAAAAGAUCUGCAGCUCUCAGCCAGUUUGUGAUCCACAGAAGCUUGUGUAUCAGCACAAUGCAGGCUGUCUUCUCAUCUGUGUUUUACUUUGCAUCAGUUCCUCUCUACCAGGGUUUCCUCAUUAUUGGGUAUUCCACAAUCUAUACAAUGUUUCCAGUCUUCUCUCUGGUCUUAGACAAGGAUGUCAAAUCUGAGGUUGCUAUGUUGUAUCCAGAGCUCUACAAAGAUCUUCUUAAGGGGCGACCGUUGUCAUAUAAAACAUUUUUAAUAUGGGUUUUGAUAAGUAUCUAUCAAGGUAGUAUCAUCAUGUAUGGAGCUCUUCUGCUGUUUGAGUCUGAAUUUGUCCACAUUGUGGCCAUUUCCUUCACAUCCCUGAUUCUUACUGAGUUACUGAUGGUGGCAUUAACAAUCCAGACAUGGCACUGGCUCAUGAUAGUGGCAGAGUUGCUCAGCCUCUCCUGCUACAUAGCCUCUCUGGUCUUCUUACAUGAGUUUAUUGAUGUUUACUUCAUUGCAACCUUGUCGUUCUUGUGGAAGGUCACAGUCAUCACUCUGGUGAGCUGCCUUCCUCUCUACGUCCUGAAGUACCUGAGGCGAAGAUUCUCUCCCCCAAGCUACUCGAAGCUCACGUCAUAG